AUGGUUCGCACACCCCACCAUAAAUCAUCAUCAGCGUCUGGAAAAACAAUCCAAAUUAAUCAUCAUCAACAUUCGGAUAUUGGAUUUGCAGAUGUAUUUGGACCAGUUGUUGUUUCUGAAGAACCCGAAGAAUCAUUACGUCACAACUUUUCAAGUCAACGCAAUAUGUUUUCAAUAGAGAGACCAGACACCAAUAUGACAACAAAUCCUUCCCAAAAUCAUCAGAAAAAGUCACGAGGAAGUAACAAUGAAAAACAUCAUUACCGGCGGCAUCAUGGCAAGAAAAGCGGCCAUGACAAAAUACAUACAAAAACCAUGUCAGACACAGCAAAUUUUGUACCCAGUGACGAUUUGUUUAGCAUUCCAAAUAUUGCUGGUCCACGUUUAAAAUCUGUUGACGAAUGCAACCGUGACAAACGAGCUUCCAUCAUUAUGAAUGAUUCAUUGUGGAGCAUUCCUGGAGAAGUACAAACCGCACCACUCGUUGGUGGUGACAGUGAUGAUGAUUAUGAAGAUGAAGAGAUUGGGGUUCCGAUGAAUUCAUCAUCAAAUCCGAUUGGAAUUGAAGGGAGCUCUAAAGUAAGCACUUCUUGCACACCUCCCUCUUCAUGCUCCCCUCUCUUCCAAUUCAUGAUGCAACAACAAAUGCAAAAAUUGAGAAAUAAUCAAAUGGCCUUAAAUUCAAAAAGAUCUUCCAACUCAAACAACAUGUUCUCAAAACGAAGUCAUACAAAGAAUAAGAAACAUUCUAAAAACAACGUUGAUAUGACACAUGAGGAUGAAGACUUUGAGGACAUUGAGGAAGAGUCAAGUAGUAAUCGUGUAUUUGUUAAACAUGGAUCUACCUCAUCAUCUCCACCUGUUCCUAUAAUCCUUCGUUUCAAUCGAAAGAGCCCAAGACAAAUUUCAGAUUCCAACAAAGUACAUCUAACAGAAAAUAAUACUCAAAAAGCUCCCAAGAAUAUUUCUCGAAGGACCAAAAGCUAUGGAGGAACAUCUUCACAUUAUAACAAGAAACAAUAUGGUAAUAAUAGAAAAACAGAAGAAAAUACCCUAAUACUACAAAAAUCAAAGUUUAACAAGCAUAAAAAAAGAGAGAGAAACAAGCAUAGAGAACAACGUAUGAAAAAGAUGGAGAAGAGUCGAGCUGUGCCUGGCAUGGCUCUGUCUGGUGAAGAGACUGACAUGGCCACAAAUGAAAUUAUUUUCGAUCCAGCAUUUAAAUCCAGUAGUUGUGAAGAGGAUAUUUUCCUUUCGACUCGAAAUAAGAGCAACAACAACAAAAUGGACACUUGCAUUUACAACAUGUAUGACGAGCCAAUCACUCCAAACAAGAGACAUGUCGUACAGGACGAUGACUUUUUUGCUGUUCCAAAGCAAGAAGAGCAAAGCAUUGAAAAGGAAGAUCACACAUCAAAGCCAUCGAGAAAUCGCUCAUCUUCUACACUUUCGAACACGUCCUCAUGCUCUAAUAUUUCAAAUGAUGGCAUGAGACCAACAGCAAUCAUUGAAUUUAUUAGAUGCAGCAGUACCCCUUCAAUGACCACAAUCGACACCACUUCCAUACCUAGAUCAGAAUCAUUUCCUACGAGUAUUAUGACUUCUGAAGAGGAUCCAUUCUCUUUUAAUCCCAACAACGUUUCUGGCUUACAAGGAGACGAUAUUUUUGAUCUUCCUGUGGGAAUUCCAUCUGAAUCAUCAGUAUUGAUGGACGAUGAGGGAAUUCAAAGUGACAGCAUUUUCGACUUUCCAAACUCUCCAUCCCAACGUUCAGUCAAAAGUAUUUCAGUAAGCUCACCUAUUAUGGCACAUGAGGACAAAAACACCACUCCCAAAAAAGCGUCUGAUACGACCAAGUCUAAAAAACCCAAGAAGGAUAAGAAAAAACACAUGGUGGGCAAUCUACUGUUAAACUUGACCGCUCAGAAUGAAGAGGAAAAGCCCACACUAGUCAAGGCAGAAAAAGAUGUCAGAGAAUCCGUUCGGAAUAUUGUUCAACCAAAAAUUACCGAGAGUGGAAGUUUCAUGCUUUCUGAUCGAUACAAGGCAAAUCAAGACGGAACCCAACGAAAUGAAAUUUCUCCAGAAAGUGCUCAACCCACUAUUGACUCUGCUCAAUCAUUUAUUAAUGCAUUUAAUAUUCUUUCACUGAAUUCAAACAAAGGACCUUUGAACCCAUUACCUCAUCGGCAAAAUCAGCCAUCAAAUAAUAGUGACCAAUCAGAAGCACAACGUCUUAGGCAAGCACUCUCUGGAAAUUCAUCAGUUGCUCCUCCAGCCAUGGCUACUGUGAAUAGUUUCAAAAUGUCAGUUAAUAGCGCAGUGCUCUCUACUAGCAAAGGUAUUAAGACUGAGAAGAAAAAGAGGACAUUGAAGAGAUUCAAUAAUGAAGAUUUCACAUGGACAGAUUUGAUCAUGUUGAACAAUUUGGGAAGUGGAUUUUCCUCACAAGUUAUUAAGUGUAGCAAUUCAAAAACAGGAAAACAUUACGCUUUAAAGAAAAUUGAUUUAUCAACGAACGAUAAGAAGAACUCUUCUAAAAUGAUCAUUACAGAAUUUAAUUGCUUGGCUGAAUGUCGAAAUUGCCCAUACAUUGUUAGAAUUGUAGAUAUUUAUCAUUUCAAAGAAGAAAAAGAACUUUUCUUGCUCUUGGAGUUUAUGGACAAAGGUACACUGAAAGAUGUGAUAGAGAAAACUAAUGGCUCUGUACCUGAAGAAUUUAUUAGUUUGGCAGCAUGUCAACUAUUGUUAGGUCUUGCCCAUGCCCACGAGAAACAAAUUAUCCAUAGAGACAUUAAGCCAGAAAACAUUUUACUCAACUCUGAAGGAUACGUGAAACUGGCUGACUGGGGAAUGUCUUGUAUCAUGAGAAACAAAAAUCAUACUCACACACAUCUAGGUACUGAGGUAUAUAUGAGCCCAGAAAGACGAGUGAGCUCAGAUAACAAACACAGUUAUCCUUGUGACAUUUAUGCGCUUGGUCUUUCAUUACUCGAACUCGCUCUGGGAAGAAUACCAAUUCUCCAACUAUGGGAAUUUAACGAUCUAUAUAGAGAGCAAGUAAGCGAAGGAUCAUUUUGGUUAGACUCAAUUAUUCCGUUCUCACAAUUUUCUGAUGAAUUUUCGCAAUUUUUGAAAGCAUGUCUUGAAAAAAAUCCUGAAGCUAGAAUGACAUGUAGUCAGUUACUGAGAUUGCCCUUUAUAACUCGCUACAAUGGUCAUAAUGAACAAGAGUGGGGAGGAGACAGAGAUAGACGGACGAUUUUAGAUUUCUUGAAUGGAUAA